CAACGCAACACAACACAAAAUACAAAGUACAGUUCUUUGUUUCUGUCUCUCUGGAACAGUGAAACCUUAACUCUGAAAGACGAUCAAAGUUCACUUCUCAAAGUGCUUCAUCCACUUACGUGUCACACUGCCACACAUCAUAUCUUUAACUUCAAGCAGUACAGGAUAUCAUAUUACAAGAUGCCUUCAGACCAAGAAGAUUUAUUCUAUGUUUUCAAACAAAAUAUGCAAAAAUCUAUUGAUCAGUUGCAAUCUACUUUUCACCAAUGGGAGCGCAUUCCUUCCAAUACUGGAGAGCAAGUAAAUCUCAGAAGGAAGCUGCUUGCUCUUGGUGAGGGCAUUGAGUGGCAGGUGGAUUCUUUGGGCAGAGCAAUUGCUGUACAAGCUAGAAAUCCUGCCUGCUAUGGCAUUGAUGAAGUGGAGGUUGAAAAACGAAGGAAAUGGAUCAGCACUGCUCGCACUCAGGUGAGUGCUGUAACAAAAGCAGUGGAAGUUGUAAAGGAGUCGAAUGGUACUGGCAUUACUAGUGUAAAUGGGAUGCAUAGGGAACUAAUGAGGCUGCAAAAUUCUCAUCAGACAGAUACAUCCAACCAGUACACAGCCCAGGAUGGUGAAAACUUUAUAGCAUCAGAAUCAGAUAGACAGUUUCUUCUUAUAAAGCAACAGGAUAAGGAGUUAAAGGAGGUUAGUGCUGGUGUGGCGAGAAUUGGAGCUGUCGGGCUUACCGUACAUAAAGUGUUCCUUGGGCAGGAGAAGAUUAAAGAUGAUUUGGGCAUAGAACUUAGCUCCUCACAUCACAAACGUACAAGACAUGAGGCACAUGCACCUAGUUCUAAAGACGGCCUUGAUCGUGAUAUUAAUAAGAAUGCAGCUGCUGUUGUUAUAGAGUCUAAACCAUCAUCAUCCAAUAGUGCUCAGCCAUCCUCUGCUGACAUUAUGGAUACUUUGCAGCGUAUUCUCCGCCAUCAAGACACCAUUCUCCGUUCUCAGGAAACUAUCACUACUCAUUUGGUUCAAAUUAAUUCUCGCUUGGAUCGUCUCGAAAGUCGUGGUCCCCCGCCUGGAUAUCAUUGAGGACUACCCUUGUUAUUUGUGACAAAAAAAGGGAGUUUUCUUAGUUUUAGAUGGAUAGAUUAAACUCAAGGGACUACCCGUUGGGAGUGUAGGUCUCUAUAUGUAUUGAAUGUCAUAUGUUAUCUGACAUGGGGUGUAUGUAUUUUCUGUUUCUUGAUAGGGUGCAGUUAAGCGUGUUAGUGUACUGAUGCUCAUAUAUGUAUUAUUGUUCUAUGUUAACUUUGAUUCAGUUUGAUAUAUGUGAUUCAAUUCAAAGAGUUUAAUAUAGAGUUUGAAAUA